AUGACCUUCAUGGGUAUCGGCAUGCUCACCAUAAGCACUUACUGCGGUUUUCUCUACGCCUCGUAUACCCGUCAAGUGAACCAAUCGCAAUCUCUCACCGUCCCGCAAGAUGUCUCAGACCGCUACAACCACACAGCGGCCACCUUCGACGCCGACGUCGACAUGUCAGAGAGGCUGAUGCGACUGGGCCGAAAACGACACGAUCUUAUUCAGAUGGCGAAAGGGAAUGUGCUCGAGGUCAGCUGCGGUACUGGCCGGAACCUGGCGUACUAUGAUCUGAGCCAGAUGCAGGGGCAGGGACAGGGGGUGGUGGAGCGCGGACAGGGACCAGGACAGGGGCUGUUGAAAGGCUGUCGCUCCGUCACGUUUAUCGACCUCAGCCCGCAGAUGGUGGAGGUUACACGGCAGAAGUUUGAGAGGAUGCAUCCACGGUCCAUGCAGAGGGUGAGUUUUGCCGUGGCAGACGCGGGUGCCGUCAAUCCAUCAGUGGCAGGCGCUGCUGCAGCUGCUGCAAGCGCAGGAGUAGCCACACCGCGCUAUUUCGACACAAUCGUUCAGACAAUGGGUCUCUGUUCAAUGCCAGAUCCGGUGGGCACGCUGCGGCAUCUGGGCUCUAUCACGGAGCCACAGCACGGGCGGAUUCUCCUCCUCGAACAUGGCCGGUCAUAUUAUGACUGGUUGAACCGGAUGCUCGAUAACUUGGCCCCUGCACAUGCGGAUCGGCACGGGUGCUGGUGGAAUCGGGAUAUCGGGAAGAUCGUACGGGACAGCGGGCUAGAGGUUGUGGAGGAGAAGAGGUGGCAUUUUGGGACGACAUGGCGCUAUGUGCUGAGGCCGAGGCCGAAGUCGGGUUGA